AUGUUCAAUCUGAGAGCCGGCUGGACCGAAGUGAAAACGGAAGGGAAAGGAGGAGGUGGGAGGAAGAUGGUUGAAUUGAGCGAACGAGGACGAGAUUGGCGACAGCUGCAAAAUGCUGGUGGUCAAUUCAUGUUGGCCAAUUGGCCGAAUAUUUUUGAAUGGCCCUCUUCGUUUAGUGACUACAUCGUUACUGCUUUCUUGUGUAUUCUUCAACUCACUCCAGAAGGUUGGGAGCGAUUCGGCGCAAAAUGUUUCCGGGUCUAUACAGCUGAACGGUCAUGGCCUCAAGCACUUGUCCUGUGUUCAAGGUACGGUAGCCAACUGGUUCGUAUCGAAUCGCAACAUGAGAAUAAUUUUGUCAGUCGACUGCUAAGUCGGCCACAGCGGAAUGGCCCAUCAAAUGGUCGCAAUGAUUUUUGGAUUGGUAUUGUCGCACAACGUACAGAAGACAAUGACGCAUUAUUUUUAUGGUCGGAUGGUAGUGCAGUAUCGCGGUACGUCGGAUUCUGGCAAAUUGGUCAACCAGAUUACCGAACUGGAACGUGUGCAAAGGCUUCGUUGAGCACGUCGACGAAUAGUUUAGAAUGGAGUUUGGAUAUGUGCAAUAUGCUUUUACCGUUCAUCUGUGAAUUACCCGCAUGUAUUAAAGGGUCAUUUUUCUGUCAAAAUGGCAAAUGCGUACCACAGUCAGCGCACUGUAAUGGCAUCAACGACUGCGGUGAUCACAGCGAUGAGCUCAACUGUCCUGCAUCACGCAAGGACUUGGAUUGUUUGAAAUACGAGAAAGGUGAAGCGGGUAAGAUACAAACACCCAACUAUCCAUCACCGUAUAACGGAAAUACAAAAUGUCGUUGGGUUAUUGAAGGACCCAUCAAUUCACAUAUUCACCUGACGUUCGAUUCGUUUGACACCGAAGAAUUCCAUGAUUUAGUCACUGUGCUGGAUGGCGGCCCAGCCGAAAAUUCGUCCGUUGUAAUGAGUAUUCUAUCCGGCGCCAAGAAAGCGGUCACAUUAAUGUCGAGUACAAAUGUAGUCGUGGUGAAAUUCGCUAGCGAUAGUCACUUACAAGCACGUGGCUUCCAAGCAACUUGGCGAGCAGUCAGCGUUUCAUGCGGGGGUGUUCUUAAAGCGCAGCCAUACGGGCAAACACUGACCAGUCCGGACUUCCCAAAAAACUACCCGAACGGUUUGGAAUGUGUUUGGAAGAUUGAUGCUCCGAACGGGCAACUCAUCUCGUUAAAUGUUGAAGAUCUUGAUUUGGAAGCGCCAAAUGAUUUCUUGAUCAUUUACGAUGGUUCCAAUCCAUCGACACCAGUUCUCGCGCGUCUUUCAGGCGCAAUUUCACGACCUCAGUUAAUAAUCUCAAGUCAGAAUCAUCUUUACAUUUAUUUCUACUCGAAUUUUGCACAAAAUGGACGUGGGUUCAGUAUCAGUUAUAAGCGAGGCUGUUCGAAUACGAUCCGUCUUAACGAUGGUGUCAUUGUAUCGCCGGGCUUCAAUCGUGUACCGUAUCCAAACUCGCAACGAUGCAUUUAUACAGUACAACUACCCGAAGACAAAGCCAAUCAGCCGUUAGCGUUGGCUGUGAAUAGUUUCGAUUUGGCCGAAGACGAUCGUCUGACGAUAUAUGAAGAAACAGAAAGUGGUCGCGCAUUACACACAGGCGACGGUUUCAGCGCAAAUGUUCGUCCACCGAAAAGUAUCUUCGCACAGUCUGGCACAGUGCAGGUGAUUUUCGAUACGAACUCGAUUCGAAAUGCACUCGGUUGGAACAUCACGUUUUCAAUAAAUUGUCCACCGUUGGUAACACCCAAAUUGGUUUCUUUGUCGACGAAGACAUCUGCGUUUGGCACGAAGGUAACCGUUUCGUGUCCACGAGGCUUCGAAUUUCGUACGGGUCGCGGACAAAUGUUCGAUGUGACUUGCUUGCUGGGCGGUAAAUGGACUGAGGACCACAUACCAGAUUGUCAACCGGUCUAUUGCUCGGCUGUUCCACAAAUCGCAAACGGUUUCGCUGCGGCGGCAACAAAUGUAUCGUUUGGUGGAUCGGCAAAAUACAGCUGUUACAAUGGUUUCAGUUUCCCAAGUGGACGACCAGCUGAAGAGAUUUAUUGCACCGAUGAGGGACGUUGGACACCGUUGCCCGCCUGUAAAGCUCAAACUUGUCCAGCACUAGCGCCGUUUGCAAACGGUGAGAGGAUUCUGGAAUUUGGUGAUGGCACUGGCUACGGAACGGUGUUUCGCUUCGAAUGUGCACCUGGCUUCAGACGAACCGGAGCCGCAACGUUGCUAUGUCAAGCAAAUGGCCAGUGGUCAUUUGAACAACCAUAUUGUAAAAGAUUGUCUUGCACGAGUGUACCGAGAAUAGCGAACGGUCAGAUCGUUUUGGGUGAUCGUUUCGAAGUGGGCGAUUCAGCACGAAUCGAAUGCUUGCCCGGAUUUCGUUCGGUUGGUGCGGACUCGCUAAGAUGUCUUGCAAAUCAAACGUUGAGCGACGUUGCCGAAUGUCGUGAUAUCGACGAGUGCGCUGAAGGUUCGGCAGUAUGUAGUGCACAAAGUACGAAGUGCAUCAAUAUGCCGGGUGGUUACCAUUGCCAGUGCUUGAACGGAUUCCAACCACAACUAUCGUGUACGUCAGCAACAGUGCUGAAUCCUGUCACAGUGGAAGCAAGUUCAGAAAAUGGCCAAUUCCGGGCGCAAGACUACUCUAGCGUUGGUUGGUGUGCUGAGGAAGGGGAUGGUCAACGAACGAUCACAUUCACAUUUGCUGUGCCGAAAAUUGUCGAACGUUUACGAGUGGAAAAAACGUCAAAUGGUGCUUAUCCGAACCUGCUGGAGAUCUACUAUUCAAAUCGAACCGGAAUUCCAUUAACACAAUAUACUGCAUCAAAUAUUACGAAGUUAGCCACUCGCAACGUAGCGAUAGUUGGCGGUGAACUUUUGGUGCUACCGAAGCCGAUUGAAGCGAGAGUGCUACAGUUAAAGAUCGAUGAAUUCUCAGGGCAGUCGUGCAUAAAAGUCGACGUGUUGGGAUGUCAUAAAACAAACUGUCUUGAUAUAAAUGAAUGUGAACGAAACAAUGGAAACUGCGAGCAGAUUUGUAUCAACUCACAAGGCUCAUAUCGUUGCGCUUGUGAGACUGGUUUUGAUUUAUUGACAGUCUCUGGUCAAGGCGGUGUUUUGGUUAAGGAGGGUGAAAGUGGUGUCAACUCGCUGGACGUGAUACGUUUCAAUCAAACUUGCGUACCACGUACAUGCUCGAAUGUAACGGCUCCACUCAAUGGUCUUCUUCUGUCAACUGCAAAAACCUUCCACUUUCCAAUGGUUGUGCAGUUCCAAUGCGAUUUUUCAUAUCAGAUGAUGGGUCCAAGCCAUUUGAAAUGUAUGCAGGAUGGGACGUGGAAUGGCACAGCACCGCUCUGCCUUCCUGCCACUUGCCAAGGUGUGCGCAACAAUUCAGCUAUUGGAUUAUUCGUAUCACCUGAAAAUAGCACCAUCGCGUAUGGACGUAACGUUUCCAUUGUUUGCAGUCAACAGAAUCGACCAUGUCCGUUCAUCGCGAGUAAUUCUCUGCUAUCUUCAUUCCGUCAGUGCAUCUACGAUCCCCAACCGGACGGUCGCGACUAUUGGCUAUCUGGUGUUGAAGUGGACUGUCCAUUGGUUGAUUGUGGACCACCACCUUCACUAGCUGGUGCUUUCUACGAUGGUGACGAUUACUCUUAUAAAGUUGGUUCAUCAUUUACAUUCAGUUGUCGACCACCGUAUAGUUUGGUGGGAAAGUCGAGCUAUGAUGAUCGUAUUAUUCGUUGUAAUGUAGAUGGGAAUUGGGAUUUAGGCGAUUUACGUUGUGAAGGCGAGUGUUUUAAUUGCUCUUUACUCGAUUGUCCAGUUUGUGUCGAUCCUGGUUUCCCAGAUGACGGCAAAGUGCAACUGGAAUCAGUUGAAGAGGGUGCUCAAGCAAAGUUCUCAUGCAAUCGAGCCGGCUAUCGACCGUUUCCAUCUGAUACGAUCAAUUGCACGUUGGGUACGGCGUGUGUACUUGCGGAAGACGUCGGCAUUUCGUCCGGUUUCAUUCCAGAUGGAGCAUUCGCCGACAACUCGGAUUCAACGACUUGGGGCUAUGAACCGCAUAAGGCACGAAUGUCUUCAACUGGUUGGUGUGGUUCGAAGGAUGCUUUCAUAUUCCUGUCUGUAGAUCUGCAACGCAUCUACACACUAACAACAUUGCGUAUGGCAGGUGUAGCGGGUAGUGGUCAUUUACGUGGUCACGUAACAAAGAUGCAACUCUUUUACAAAGUGCAGUUCUCGCAAAAUUAUGACACGUAUCCAAUCGAAUUCGAAACACCGUCCGGCAAUCAUAAUGCAAUGCAUCAGUUCGAAUUGAAUCCGCCGUUACGUGCACGCUACAUUCUACUUGGUGUCACCGAAUAUGAGCACAAUCCAUGUAUACGAUUUGAUUUGCAUGGUUGUCUUGCACCACUCUCAAUUGCGCAUGAGAUUCCUUCUCAUUUACAGGUUGGUUGGAAUGCAUCUGUACCGCAGUGUAUCGACAGUGAACCACCAACGUUCCAUAAUUGUCCAACAAAUCCGGUCUAUGUGCUGACCGAUGAAAAUGGUCAGCUGCUACCGGCCACAUUCGAUAUUCCGCGUGCUGCAGAUAAUUCCGGAUCGAUCGCAUGGGUCCGUGUAGCGCCCGAAGGUUUUGAGCCACCGCAACUCAUCUCGCACGAUAUGGAUGUGAUCUAUACAGCAUUCGAUGAUGCGGGCAAUACAGCUGAAUGCGUUGUGCAGUUGCAUACUCAACCACCAGUGAUGAAAUGUCCUGACUCAUAUAUAAUACCGGCAUCUGAAGGCCAAUUCGAAGAAGAGGUCUACUUCAACGAGACUUCUGUGCAAAUGGUUAUUCAGGAUAUUUCGAAUAUUUCUGAGGUGUUGUUCGAUCCACCACAAGCAUUGCUGAAACUUGGCUCUCAUGUUACCGUUGAGGUGACCGCCACAGACAGUGCUUCAAAUCGCAACAAAUGCAAAUUCCAGGUUUCCUUGCAAGCCGAUUCGAGUGUUGAAAAGAAAUGUGCAAAGCAGAGUGUUGGAAUGGUGUGUACGAUUCGCUGUAUAAAAGGUUAUAUGUUUGUGAAUGCGGACACUGUUCCAACACGUUUCACAUGCCAAGCUGGUGGUAUUUGGAGUCCAUCGGGAGUGGCACCGGCGUGUGUUCCGAUCGCUCAGGAACCGGCACGAUAUGAAUUGACCGUUGCGAUGACCUAUUCGGUACCAACGCCAGUUGGCGCCGAUUGUCUCAAGGGAUAUUCGGAGUUGGUUGCUGCUUACUUUGACUCACUGGAUGCGUCCCUAUCGCAGCGUUGUUCAUCGUCUGUACAAGUUUUCGUACGCUUCUUAGACGUCCAGUUCAGUAGUCAGCCAUCUGGCGUUAGUGCCAACUACACCAUUCAGAUUCUACCGUCUGUUUUACAGGAUGUUUUCUAUGAGCUUUGCGGAUUAACGCUACGUACGAUCUUUGAUUUACGUAUACCAGGAGCCACAAUGCCCGUACGAAAUUUGCUGUCGAUAAGCGGUGAAACGAUAGCCACACAGUCGGUGGGUUGUCCAUCGAUGAAUGCAACAAAUACGUCGAUUCAGCAAGGUUUUGGAUGCGCGGAUGGUGAGGUUCUUCGCGGCGGUGAUAAAGAGUCAUUACCUGAAUGCUUGCCUUGUCCAAAAGGAACGGUGCAUGUGAAUAAUACAUGUGAGCUGUGUCCGGCUGGUAGUUAUCAGGAUGAAAGUGCCCAAGUGACAUGCAAAGCUUGUCCCGAUCAAACGUUCACACAAUUUCCUGGAUCGCAAUCUGUUAACGCAUGUUUACCCGUUUGUGGUAAUGGCAUGUUCAGUGAGACAGGACUCAUACCAUGCCAGCUAUGUCCUCGUCACAGUUUCUCAGGGCCACCUCUAAUGGGUGGCUACAAACAGUGUGACCCUUGCCCACAAGGUUCGUAUACAGCAAAACUUGGCUCAACCGGUCCAUCACAAUGCAAACAACCGUGUCCAGCUGGACAGUUCUCAUUAACUGGACUAGAGCCAUGUUCUUCAUGCCCAGUCAAUUGGUAUCAACCAGCGCUGGGUCAACAAAGGUGUAUUGAAUGUGCGAACGAUACGGUAACACGUGAGAACGGUCGUUCGGAAGCAAGUGACUGUCUGCCGGUGGAUUGUUCAACGAUGAAAUGCGAAAAUAAAGCGACAUGUUCGAUUGAGAAUCAUAAAGCUGUUUGUCUUUGCCGACCAGGGUAUACUGGCAAAUUCUGUGAGGAACAGAUGCCCCUCUGUGAUACACAACCAUGCAUAAACGAGGGAAUCUGUGAAGCAGCAUCGGGAACGUUUAGAUGUAUUUGUGCGCAAAACUAUACGGGAAGUAGAUGUCAGUUUGGGCCUGAUGAAUGCAUUGGAGUGAGUUGCCCGAAUGGUGGUGUUUGUCAAGAUUUACCUGGUUUGGGAACCACAAAGUGCUUGUGCAGGACUGGCUUCACCGGACCGGACUGUUCGCAAAUUGUCGAUCCAUGCCUUAUGGAUAAUCCGUGCAAGCAUGGCGCCGACUGCGUGCCACUACAGUUGGGUCGUUUCAAAUGCAAAUGCCUACCCGGAUGGACCGGACCAACGUGUCAAAUCAAUAUCGGUUUGUCAUUCAUUUGA